AUGAUUAUCACAUUAUUUAUCUUUUUUAUCAUUUUUGCCAUUUUGGGCUUACUAGCAAUUUGGCUUCUUUGUGCUUAUUAUCGAAGAAAAUCAAGGAAAAGAAUGGAAAAGGAAUUACAGCAUCGUCGAGAAGAUAAAAAUCAGUUAAAACUUGAUAUGUUUCGAAAAAAGCAACUUGAUAUACAAAUGAUGACAGCAAUAAGAGAUACCAAAAUUGGCUCAAAAGAACAUCCAUCAUUUCGCUCCAGAGAAUUAAUGAAUUCUCAAAUGUCAUUUAUGCCAUAUGCUCAAUUGCAAAAGCUUAAACAAUAUCCAAGUCAUUUACCUCCUCAGUCAAUCCCAUCAACCUUACAAACUACAGCAAUUGAUAAAACUGCAAAGGAAAUUGAAGAUUUACAACUUUUACCCGCUUUCACAGCAAAAACACCGUCUCAAAAAACAGAAAAAGAUAAACAGCUCUCAACUGAGAAAGAUUCUCAAGCAACUGGUGAAAGUAAAGUGAAAGAUGAUGAAAAGCCUCAAUUUCAAGAACAUGAGACUGACGUUUCAAACGAAAAUCAAUUAGAUAAAUGGAAAAAAAAGAAAUAUAAAAAACGGAAAUCCGAAACAGAGCCGGAACGAUAUCAUCAUCAAAUUCAACCGGAUCAUGUUCAUGAAUGGAUUAGUCGUGUUGCUCGCUCAACAAGUCCAGUUCCAUAUUUUUCACCAAACAAGCGAGUUCUCCUCAUUCCUGAACUAUCCGCAGAAAAUUUGGAUGAUACAAAUGAUGAAGAAAGUGAUACGGAAAAUAAAAGUUCAUUGGAUGAAACUGGAACAAAUAUAUCGGAAAAAUUAUCAAAUUCUCUAUCACAUCCUAAUACAAUGAUGGAAACUGACGUAGAAAUAUCAACCGAGACGAAUGAAAAAAGUACGCCAAUGACGCCAACGCCAAUUUCUGCUUCAGUUAAUGCACCACCAAGUAGCACAUUUUUAGAUGAUCAAUCGUACUGGAAAAGAGAAAACAAACAAAGAAAGUAUUUGAAAACGGGAAAUGAAUCAAAAAUAAUAAAUGAUGGAGAUAAUAUAAGUAAAAAGCCAACAGAAAAAAUAUUAUGGAAAGCACCGGAUAAACGAGCUGAAGCAAGGUUUAAUCGAACUCUUGAAAAUCCAUGGUAA